ACCGAUAAGGCGGCGGUGAGUGGGCGUUCCAAGACCCCAUCCAACUAGAACUAAACUGAAUUCUACGUAGUCGCUGUAACCACACCGCCACCUCCACCUCUCCACCAUCUCCAGUACGAUUUCGUAUUCGACCGGAGUCAGUAAGUUUUACGACCUAUUUGCAGACCGAUCUCGAUGUCUCCGCAAUUAGAUAAUGCUUAAGCUACCAAAGGGCCUAAAAAAGAAAAAGAAGAAGUCGAAAAAGGAUCAGGAGCUCUUCACCGAGGAGGAGCUCGAGCAGUACAAGCGCGACCUAAAGGCCAAACAGGAGGCGGCGGCCACAAAAUCGGACGCCGGCGAAUCCGACGGAGCGGCAUCAGACGUUGAGGCCCACCACGAGCCAGUAGCCUCUAACUCGGGACUAGGAUCGGGAUCAUCCUCUAGCAACGCCCACCAGCAGCUAUCGGAUCAAAAUCAGGGAGCUGCCGGCGGCGACGAGGAGUGGGCCAAAUUUAAGGCACUAACCUCUGGCGUCGAUAGCAUUCUACACAAAACCCAGGACGAGCUCGAUCGAAUCAAGAAGGAGUCCUUUUACCAGCGCCUGCCCUCUGCUGCCGAGAAAAAGAAACAGGAGGAGGAGGAGGCAGCUCGCCUUGAAGCCGAGCAGCAGGAGCGGGAAAGGCAGCGCCUGGGGCAGAUCGAGGCCCAGCGGGACAAGUUAGCGGAGGCGGUUGUUCAGCUAUCUGAAUCAGAGGAGGAGGCAGGCGACUACGAGGCCGAUGACAUCUUUGCCACCGACUACAUUGAGGCUAUUACCAGCGGCGAGCUCCAACUAGCCGUUCUACCGGACUCCCCCGUACUUGCCGACGACGGUCCCGAUCCCUUUGACACCGCAUACGCGGAGAAGGUUAUUGUUGGUGCUGAUCGAGCAAAGGGCAACAAGAAGCUAGUGAGUCUCGGUGCAGCCGUUGAGGUUCUAUCCGGUCGCGUGGACCGGGAGCACGCCGUCGCCUUAGCCAAUCCCAAGCGGAAGUUAAGGAAAGGUAUCCAGAAUCUCCUUCUUAGCGAGAGCGUGGAGUUAGCUGACUCGGAAGCGGAUCUUCUGACUGCCACUUCGAACGCCGAGCCGCAGCAUAAUCUGCUUGACGAUCUCGACGAGGAACUGCCCGAGUCCUCGGUUCCCAUUGAUCUUAGUGUCUCCUUGCAUUUGCACUUGAUUAAGCACAAGCAGCCCGUCGAAGAGGAGGACGAGCUCGAGCAGCAGGAUCAGGAAAAUCAGCUACUGAACCCGGAUCUCUCCGAGUUCGAUGCACUCAAAGACGAGGAGGACGACGAGUUCGCCGAACUAGCCGCGGAAUCGCUAACCAAAAAGGAAGAGGUCACUAUCGUUAGCCAGGUGGUUUUGCCUGUCGCGCAGCUGCCCACUGAAGCUUUUGGAGAAGGCAGUUGGGCCGAAUUCGAAGAGCAACCGGACCAGGAACCAGGAAAACCCAAGCGCCCGCCACCACCAGUCCGUCCGCCCACAGGACCUCACAUCGUACCCGGAGCGAUUUACGUGUCGGACGACGAGGAGGAGAACCCGGAAGACGAUCCCUUCAACACCAACUACGCGGAGCAAGUGAUUAAGAAGACCACUGUUCUUGAGGAAGACGACGACUUUGAUCCGCGUGCGGAGGAACCAGCCACUGGGCCUUCCCUUUUAGCAGCUCCACAACGCGACCUUCUCGCUGGGAGUGCUACCGACCUUAGCCAGGUGGUUCCCGCGCCCUUGGCGCCGACUCUAAGUGUCGACCAAGAGGCAGAGGACUUUGAUCCCUUCGAUACCUCGGCCGUAUCGGCUCUGGUGCAACCCAAGUCUACGGAACUACGCUUUCUGGAGCGCGAGCUCCUUAACGAUCCGAGCGGAGACGGAGUCACCCUCAAGCACUCCCUGAGUGACCCGGACUUUGAUCCACGAGCGGAUCAAGAGGAACCAGCAGCACCGCAAGUGAAACUAGAGCAAAUACAGACGGACUUCGACACAGCCCGUCGAAAGUCCUCUCUGAGUCUGAACAUCCAGGCCAAGAGUGUGGGCUUCCUGGUACCGGCACCAGAUCUCCUCGGAGCUGGUAAUGAGUUGGGAGCUAGUAAGAAGCCACUGACGCCGUACUACGCACCAUCUGACAAUCUCCUGCAGGAGCGUGAACGCGAAGCUGAGGACGUUGAUCCCUUCGAUACGUCCUAUGUGCCCGAGGCGAAACUCAGCGAUAUAGAGCUGAAACAUAUUGAAAAGGAUUUGAUCUCCGAACCCACGAAUCUGCGCCACAGCCUUUCCGACCCAGAUUUUGACCCCCGUGCUCCACCUACUCCGGUUCCCGCUGAAGUCUUGCUGGCCGUCGAGGAGAAUAUCAAUAUCAAGGUCUUGACUCCCGCUCAAGAGCGAAAGAAGCUAACCAAUUUAGGUGGCAGCGGCCAAUCGGAGGAGGAAAUCGACCCAUUUGACACCUCCAUAGCGGCAAAUCUCCAGCCGGGUCAGACUGAGUUAAAGCUUCUAGAAAACGAACUAUUGCCGGAAACAAAGACUUCGGUGACUGACGUCCUUGACGUGCAAAGCGACGCUCAGGAGUUGGGCUUGGGCGACAAGGUCCUCACGCCUUCGACGCACUCAAGACCGUCCCUGUCCGCCCAGGAUAUUGACCCGUUCGACACUUCUAUUGCGGAGAACCUAGGGCCCGGAGAGGCAGAGAUAAAGCUGCUGGAGAGCGAGCUGAUCGAACGUUAA